AACACUAUAAAGUCCCGGCGUCUAGGCUCCCUCCUGCAGGUCUCGGUUUAGUCCGACCCUAGGGUUAGCGACGUUCAGACCUGAAUUCGUGCCCCCGGGAGCGUCGCGUGCAGGAGCCAUGGCCCAGGAGCUGUACCACAAGGAGUUCGCCCAGGCGGGCAAGCAGGCGGGGCUCCAGGUCUGGAGGGUCGAGAAACUGGAGCUAGUGCCGGUGCCCGAGAGCGCCUACGGCAGCUUCUACGUCGGGGAUGCCUACCUGGUGCUGCACACGGUCAAGGGGAGCCGGGGCUUCACCUACCGCCUGCACUUCUGGCUGGGAAAGGAGUGUACCCAGGAUGAAAGCACCGCAGCUGCCAUCUUCACUGUUCAAAUGGACGACUAUUUGGGUGGCAAGCCAGUGCAAAGCAGAGAAGUACAAGGCUAUGAGUCUAUGGAUUUUGUUGGCUAUUUCAAAGGAGGUUUGAAAUACAAGGCUGGGGGUGUGGCAUCUGGAUUAAAUCACGUUCUCACAAAUGACCUGACUGCUGAGAGGCUCCUACACGUGAAGGGUCGGAGAGUGGUCAGGGCCACAGAAGUUCCUCUGAACUGGGACAGCUUCAACAAGGGCGACUGUUUCAUCAUUGAUCUUGGAACUGAUAUUUACCAAUGGUGUGGUUCUUCAUGUAAUAAAUAUGAGCGUCUGAAGGCAAACCAGGUUGCUAUUGGCAUUCGGGAUAACGAAAGGAAAGGAAGAUCUCAACUAAUAGUUGUAGAGGAAGGAAGUGAACCGUCAGAGCUCAUAAAGGUUUUAGGGAAAAAGCCAGAGCUUCCAGAUGGAGAUGAUGAUGAUGAUAUCAAAGCAGACAUAACUAACAGGAAAAUGGCUAAACUCUACAUGGUUUCAGAUGCCAGUGGAUCCAUGAGAGUGACUUUGGUGGCAGAAGAAAACCCCUUCUCCAUGGCAAUGCUGCUUUCUGAAGAAUGCUUUAUUUUGGACCAUGGUGCUGCAAAACAAAUUUUUGUAUGGAAAGGUAAGGAUGCUAAUCCUGAAGAGAGAAAGGCUGCAAUGAAGACAGCAGAGGAAUUCCUAGAGCAAAUGAGUUAUUCCAGUAAUACCCAAAUUCAGGUUCUUCCGGAAGGAGGUGAAACACCAAUCUUCAAGCAGUUCUUCAAGGACUGGCGAGAUAAAGAUCAGAGUGAUGGCUUUGGGAAAGUGUACGUCACAGAGAAAGUGGCUCAAAUCAAGCAAAUUCCAUUCGAUGCCUCACAAUUACAUAGUUCUCCGCAGAUGGCCGCCCAGCACAAUAUGGUGGAUGAUGGUUCUGGGACAGUGCAGAUUUGGCGAGUAGAAAAUAAUGGUCGGAUCCCAAUAGACCAAAACUCAUAUGGUGAAUUUUAUGGGGGUGACUGCUACAUUAUACUGUACACUUAUCCCACAGGACGGAUUAUCUACACAUGGCAAGGAGCAAAUGCCACAAGAGAUGAGCUGACGACCUCUGCCUUCCUGACGGUUCAGCUGGAUCGAUCCUUUGAAGGACAGGCUGUGCAGAUCCGGGUCUCUCAAGGCAAGGAGCCUACUCACCUGCUGAGUUUGUUCAGAGACAAACCACUCAUUAUUUACAAGAAUGGAACAUCAAAGAAAGGAGGUCAAGCACCUGCUCCCCCUAUCCGCCUCUUUCAAGUCCGGAGAAACCUGGCAUCUAUCACCAGAAUUGUGGAGGUUGAUGUUGAUGCAAAUUCAUUGAAUUCCAAUGAUGUUUUUGUCCUGAAAUUGCAACAAAACAGUGGCUAUAUCUGGAUAGGAAGAGGUGCUAGCCAGGAGGAGGAGAAAGGAGCAGAGUAUGUGGCAAGUGUCCUCAAGUGCAAAACCACAAAGAUUCAGGAAGGGGAGGAACCAGAGGAAUUUUGGAGUUCCCUUGGAGGGAAGAAAGACUACCAGACCUCACCACUGCUAGAAACCCAGGCUGAAGACCACCCUCCUCGGCUGUUUGGCUGCUCUAACAAAACUGGAAGGUUCAUUAUUGAGGAGGUUCCGGGAGAAUUCACCCAGGAUGACCUAGCAGAAGAUGAUGUCAUGUUACUAGAUGCUUGGGAACAGAUAUUUAUCUGGAUUGGCAAAGAUGCCAAUGAAGUUGAGCGAACAGAAUCUCUGAAGUCUGCAAAAAUGUACCUUGAAACAGACCCUUCUGGAAGAGACAAGAGAACACCAAUUGUCAUCAUAAAACAGGGCUAUGAGCCACCCACAUUCACAGGCUGGUUUCUGGGCUGGGAUUACAGGAAGUGGUAAAACUGAUUUUCAUACAAAAACAUGAAUUUUGGGUAGCUGUCCCAUUGUUAUUCUGGAGAAAAAAAGUUUUUUGUUUGUUUUAGAAAAUUAA